CCACCCCGUCCGCCUCAGGUGGGGCCGCUCCGCCCGCCACGUUCUUCCCGCCCCGCCGCGUCAGGCCGCGUCUCUUCGUCUCUUCUUGGUCGGCGUCUGGGGUGCCGCAAGUUUUGACAUUUUGGCGGCUGAGGAGCGCGCCGGCACUCCCGGAACGACGGCUGUGGCGGCUGCAGGCCUUCGCGGGUCCCUCAACCGCGCCCCGGCACUCCCGCCACCCCGGGUCGGGCGGCCACGAGGCCUGGUCGCGUCCUGCCGCGCUCGCCCGCCGGGCGGCUGCAAACAUGUCGCGGGGGCCAGAGGAGGUGAACCGGCUCACGGAGAUCACCUACCGGUAAUGAUUCAGUGGAGGGACUGUACUCAAGUGAAUUGCAGUACCGCAAGUGCCGACCACUUUGGCAUGCUGAAUUACCCAGAGAACUGGAGCAGGAAGAAAAAAAAUGUUAUGGAACAGUUUAAUCCUGGACUACGAAAUUUAAUAAACCUAGGAAAAAAUUAUGAAAAAGCUGUUAAUGCUAUGGUUCUGGCAGGAAAAGCCUACUACGAUGGAGUGGCCAAGGUUGGUGAGAUUGCCACCAGUUCCCCCGUGUCGACAGAACUGGGCCAUGUCCUCAUAGAGAUCUCAAAUACACACAAGAAACUCAAUGAGAGUCUUGAUGAAAAUUUCAAAAAAUUUCAUAAAGAAAUUAUACAUGAGCUGGAGAAGAAGACAGAGCUUGAUGUCAAGUAUAUGAACGCAACUCUCAAAAGAUACCAAACAGAACACAAGAAUAAAUUAGAUUCUUUGGAGAAAUCUCAAGCUGAGUUGAAGAAGAUCAGGAGGAAAAGUCAAGGAGGUCGAAACGCACUCAAGUAUGAGCACAAAGAAAUUGAGUAUGUAGAAACUGUUACUUCUCGCCAGAGUGAAAUCCAGAAAUUCAUUGCAGAUGGUUGCAAAGAAGCACUGCUUGAAGAGAAGAGGCGUUUCUGCUUUCUGGUUGACAAACACUGUAGCUUUGCAAACCACAUACAUUUUUAUCAUUUACAGUCUGCAGAAUUGCUUAAUUCCAAAUUGCCUAAGUGGCAGGAAACCUGUGGUGACGCCACCAAAGUCCCAGAGAAAGUCAUGAAUAUGAUAGAAGAAAUAAAGACCCCAAUCUCCACCCCGCUGUCUGGCACGCCUCAGCCUUCACCCGUGACUGAGAGAAGCAGUGUGGUUAGACAAGAUUUUGACACCCUUUCUAAAUAUUCGCCAAAGAUGCCCCCAGCUCCUUCAGCCAAAGCAUAUACCAGUCCUUUGAUUGAUAUGUUUAAUAACCCAGUGACAGUUGCACAGAACUCAGAAAGGAUAACUAAUUCAACAGAUCCUUCAGAUGACCCCAGUUUACAGCGCUCGGUUUCUGUUGCAACUGGCCUGAACAUGAUGAAAAAACAGAAAGUGAAAACCAUUUUUCCGCACACCGCUGGCACUAAUAAGACCUUACUCAGCUUCGCACAGGGAGAUGUCAUCACAUUGCUCAUCUCUGAAGAGAAAGACGGCUGGCUUUAUGGAGAGCACGACAACAGCAGAGUGAGGGGUUGGUUCCCGGCGUCAUAUACAAAAUUGCUAGAAGAAAAUGCGAAGGAGACACUGAGUGUGCCCACAGCCAGCCCAGCACCGGUGAGAAGUAUCAGCACAGUGGACUUAUGUGGGAAAAGCGCUGUCGCCAUCCCUCCACCCGAUUACUUGGAGUGUCUGUCCAUGCGAGCGGCUGCAGAUAACAGAGCAGAUGUUUCCAAAAGUACUACUACCUUUAAAGCGCUGGCAUCCAAACCAGAAGCCACAUCUCCCAAUGAUGCAGAUGGGAUUGCAAAGCCUCCUUUUCUCAGUGGCGAGAAUCCCUUUGCGACUGUUAAACUCCGACCAACAGUGACAAAUGACCGAUCAGCACCCAUCAUUCGAUGAAGACGGCUGAGGACUCUUCUAGUCCCUUGGAUGUUCUCACCUGCAGAAUGAUAGGCAUGUGCUGUCUGAUCUGUGCUGUCCCUGUUGGAAAGCUUCACCCAAAGGUGCCUGAUUUUAAAUGUAUUCCACUUGAGCAAAUCAAUGCAUUUUCUCAAUUCCACAUAGUUGGGUCUGUACAUUCCUGCCUUUGAGAAGAUUAGUGAGCACCUCUGUCAUUUAAAAUAUUUUUCUCCUGUUCUUUUCAAAUUACAGUAAAUUUGGUUCUAAUCCUUACUCUAUCAUUUUAUAAAUAUUCUAUGAUUAUCUCUUCAAUAGCUAGAAUAAGGAAUAGUCUACACUUUCAUGACUGGCUUUCUGCACAUGAAUGUAAAUGAAACCAUAGUUUUAUAAAGUGUGUGCUCUUAAGUAGCACUAUGACAUUUAAAGAAAA